AUGGGCGCCAUCUACUACUUAUUGCAUCCGGGCGAACUGCGUUCCAUCAUUCAAUGGAAGGUAUGGCACGAGCCUGUCAAUCGCCGCGACCCCAGCAACGAAUGUGCGACACUACAAGAAUGUUUCCGCUUCUUGAACUUGACAAGCCGUAGUUUUUCGGCCGUCAUCCAGGAACUCAACCACGAACUCCUCGUCCCCGUGACGCUCUUCUAUUUGGUGCUACGUGGCCUCGACACCAUUGAGGAUGAUAUGACCAUCCCCCUCUCUACAAAGGUCCCUAUGCUGCGAAACUUCCAUGUGACAAUGGAACAGGAUGGCUGGCAAUACCACGAGAGCAAGGAGAAGGACCGAGAACUUCUAGAAAAGUUUGACUGCGUCAUUACUGAGCUCAAGAAGAUCAAGAAGCCUUAUUAUGAAAUUAUUAAGGAUAUGACCAUCAAGAUGGGCAAUGGCAUGGCAGACUAUGCGCAAAACACCUACAUGAUCGAAAACGGCGUACAGACGAUUGAAGAAUACGAGCUGUACUGUCAUUACGUUGCAGGAUUGGUUGGUGAAGGCCUAACGCGACUGUUUGUGGCGUCAAAGCUAGCCAACCCAAAGCUGGCUGAGAGGCCCUCCCUGACCGAAUCCAUGGGUCAGUUUUUGCAGAAGACGAACAUCAUCCGUGAUAUUCACGAAGAUUGGCGAGACGGCCGACGAUGGUAUCCAAAGGAGAUUUGGAGCAAGCAUGUUGACCGAUGGGAAGACCUGUUCGACCCCAAAUACCAGAAACAAGGAGUAGAGUGCAUAUCAGCUAUGGUGCUCGACGCACUGAAGCACGUUGAAGAGUGUCUUUUCUACAUGGCGGGUAUGAGGGAUCAAAGUGCCUUCAACUUUGUUGCCAUUCCACAGGGCAUGGCCAUUGCCACUUUGGAGAUUUGUUUCAGGAACCCAGCUGUGCUGGAGAGGAACGUCAAGAUCACCAAGGGAGACGCUUGCCAGAUCAUGCUGGAAAGCACGCAGAACCUUCAAACCCUUUGCGAGGUCUUCCGAAGAUAUGCCCGGCGCAUUCAGAAGAAGAACGAUCCUCGCGAUCCCAGCUACUUGGCAAUCAGCUCACAAUGCGCCAAGAUUGAGCAAUUCAUCGAAACCUUGUUCCCCAAGCAAGAUCCGAAGAAAUUAGCCCAGGAGGCCAAGGAGAAGCAGACGCAAGAACCUGGCUUGACUGGCAGCGAGACUGCCAUUAUGGUCGCUGUCGUUCUUGGUGUUUUGUUGACUAUGACGGGCACGAUGAUUGGCAUUGCUUGGUUCUUUGGCGCCAAGUUCGACAAUACUCUGGUCGACACGGCCAAGCUGUUUGGGAGCAGCGCCGCCAGUGCCGCACCUUCAAUAACGGGCGCUCGCGACGAAUUGUAA